AUGGCGGCGCUCGCAAGGAUCGUUGGCUGCCACCUGAAAUCCGCCGGACUUAUAAAUUCCUCCGCCUCAUGUUUCUUCACUCAACGCCGUGGCGUUGCCUCCAAGCUCUUUGUUGGCGGAUUAUCGUUUUGCACGACCGAGCAAGGAUUAUCUGAGGCAUUUUCCCAAUUCGGCCAAGUUGUUGAAGUCCAAAUUAUUAUGGAUAGAGUCUCUGAUAAAUCGAAAGGUUUCGGAUUUGUGACAUUUGCCUCAGAUGACGAAGCUCAGAAGGCUUUGACAGAGCUGAACGGACGGCAAUUAAACGGCCGUGCUAUAUAUGUGGAUUUCGCUAAAACGAAGCAAAGUUUUGGUGGUGGCUUUCCAAUAGCUAGAGGACCACCUGAGCCAGUGAUAGUAAGCACAGAAACUGAAACAGUGAAAAGCGACAAACCGAAACGAAAAUAG